AUGGCCGACGAUGACGACGACACCGUCAUCCGUCAUGGACCCCUUGACGAUAAACCGUCCUUUGACAGACUACCGGACGAUAUAAUCGAACAAAUCCUCACCGUCGCCGACGCAAACGCCUUUGCCUCCCUCGUCUUCCUGAACCGCAAGUGGCACUCCGUCUCUCAACGGUCACACCUCUACCUACACCAGCUCCGACAGUGCUCGUCCGCGCCCCCUGACCCCUCGCCUCCGAGGCCCGAGGCCGAUCAGCUCCCCCGCCUCCGCCGGCUCUUUGCACGCCAGGUCAAGCGUAACCUGUUCGACGCCUACUUGCGCCCGCGUAAGACCGUCAUCAAGCUCGUGUCGACCUCCAUCAGCCCCUCGUCAUGUCCCGUCGGCGAGGGCAUGCAGUUCAGCGCCUCGCCGCGUGCGCAGCUCAUGCUGGCCUACAACUCGUCCCGCAUCCACGUCCUCGACGUCCGGGGGGGUGGCGUCCAGGUGAAGCGCGAGUUCAAGAUCCGCAGGCGACCCGUUGCCGUCUGCAUCAAGGACGAUGCAUCGCUCCUGGCCAUCCUCUCGUCCGAGAUGCAGGUCGACAUCCACGACCUGACCACGUCGCCGCCGACCCGAAAGCAAUCCAUCGUCCUAGACAACGCACCGCGCACCAUUGCCCUGUCGCCCUGCGGCUCGGUCCUCGCUGCUGCCUACGAGGCAGGCAUCGAGGUCUCCUCGCUCAACCCUGGGGCCCUUCCCUCGGAGAAGCGCUCCGUCAAGUGCGAUCCCGUCGACUCCCUCGCCUUUUCCUACGAUGGAACGCAGAUUCUCGGCACGACGACGUACUCGUCCCCUCCGAGCACAGUCGUCCUGACGGCCCCUUACUACGAUCCCGAAAACCUGUCGGCCGGCGACAACAUCGGUUCCAUGUGGACCACGUCCAUCCUCUUUCCCAACUCUAGCCGCGACUGCAGCCACGCCGUCCUGCUUCAGGAUGGCAGUCAGGACGAGGCCAGCUGGACCUUUGCCUACGACCGGAGCUUCGAGACAUUCCGCGCCGUCUGCGUCGACGACCUACGUAACGGCACCACCUACUUCACAGGGCCCGUUCCCGAGCCGGCGCCCCAGACCGCGCCCCAAGCCAAGAUGCUCCCGUCCACGCUCUCGGGCGCCAACUACGCCGGAGACCUGGUCGCAGCCGGCUUCCACGGGAAGGAGAUCUGGCUGUACGGCAUCCCCGAAGACCUGGACGCUGUCCCCGAUACCGGCCAGCUCGCCCCAGACAAGAGGAGCAGCACGCACAGCGCGCUCGGACAGCACGGGGGCGAGCCGAGCGGCGGGUCGCGGGACUCAUCCUCCGCGGGACGGGAUGCCGACGGUGGACAGUGCGUCCCCCAGUGGCAGCUCCUAUGCGACAGGCUGCGAAACACGCUGCUCCCCGGCUCGAUGAUUGCCGAGCUGGCCGGCGUGAGCACUGUCAGGUGGGUCGCCCACUUCGGCGACUCUCCGCUCAAGGAGCGCCUGGUCGUGACCGCAACCGGCGUGAACGGCCCCAGGCUCGUCACCGACGAGGAGGGCUUUGACUUCGUCGACGGCGGGAGGAUCGCCCUGCUGGACUUCGACUACUCCCUCGAGAAUGGCGGGGAGACGGAGAUGGCCAUCGAGGUCGGCACGGACGAAGCCGAAACGUUGGAGGAGGAGCGCCGAGACAUGGAGACCGAGGUGGCCAUUGUACGCCGCCGCACCGUGGCCCGGAGCCGAGGCGGCGGCAGCGCACUCCUCCGAGCGGCGGCAUCGGUCCAGGAUCUGAACGAGCCUGUCCCUGCGCUUCCGGGAGUCGCCGUGGAAGACGAAGACGAGGACGGCCCCCCUGUGCUGCCGACGCGGGACGGGAAGAGCGCGGCCAUCAUGACGAUUCCGGCACCGAUCGGCCUCGACGACGUCCCCGACCAGGUCACGAUGGAGGAGCAGGAGGCCAUGGACGCACCCUACACGCAUGCCAGCCCGCGGUCCGCCCCGACCCUCCGACGUGCUGCCACGGCCGCGGCCAUGAGCCAGAGGCAACGGCAGUCCAGGCUCGCUGGCGGCCGGCCCAUCGAGUACAACCGCGCCGACGGACGCCGAGAGCACCCCCACGAGAGCGACGCCGACAACUGGGAACCACCGCCACCUCCUUACCAGAAAGAAGACCCUGGCGACCUUCCGGCCUUUCUACGCGGCCCCGCAGUCGCCCCACUGGGCCUGCUCCCCAUCCAGCCAUCGACGUCUCCGCCGGUAGUAGGUGGAGGCCCCACGGCAGGCGCGUCCGACGAUCUGGCACCGCCUGCCACGGAUCGCCCACCGUACCGGAGGGCUGCGAGUGAUUCAGCGACAGCGACCCAGGCACAGCCGCAGGAACCUUCCUCGCCGAGGCCCAUCCCUUCCGAAGCUGCGGAUGCGGACGAGUUGUAUGACGCGUCACCUCGGCAGUCGCUAGACGAAGCUGGAGGGGGCGUAGAGGCACCUCCUCAGGAAGAGGCUCAGGCAUCUUCGCUCCCGAGAGCGGCGACGCCACAGGAUGCGGUACCAUCUCCGACCUCGAGGGUUGCAACGCCUCGGGAUCCGGCACCGCCGUCAUCAGCAUCGUCCGACGGGAUGCUAUGCUCGGAGCCUGCCGCUGUCGCUUUGUCAUCAGUACAGCCGGAGCCCAGCAUUCCAGCGUCUCAGACAAUGUCACAGGACACGCUCGACCCGGUCGGUACGCAGGGGCAGCCGGGGGCAAGGCGGCUGUCGGAUCCUCCAGCGUGGCCUCUCGCACCCGUACCGGACAACGUCGAUCACCCCACGAUGCUUCCACAGGAUGUGCCCCGUCCGGCGCCCGUAGCCGACCGACCCAUUGACGAAUCACUGCCUCCAGCACCCAGCAGCAGCCAGAUCGCGAGCCUCAACAAGAGAGUCAGCAGGGGCAACCCCAACCGACUGUCCGGCAGCUACCGUGGCUCCUCGCUGUUCUCGGGUGGCCACGGAUGGAUACCGCCCUCGAAGCGGCCUGCCCGGACGCAAUCCGGCAGUCUGUGGAACUUUGAUGCGGAGCAGCCCCUCAUCAUCAGCACGCCCAAAGGUGUCGAGGGCUCGUUCGAUUCGCUGCCCGGCAAGUCCAAGCCGGCGGCGGCCGACAAGACCGCGACGGAAACGCCCCUGGUCGCCCCCGUCCCCCGACAUCCCAUCAGAGGGCACGUGCUAGACCCGGAGUCGUCGGGCGAGCGCCUCGAGACGAUCUACAGCAACACGGUCCCGCAGCAGCCCGACCAUCAGCAGCCCGACCAGGAGCAGCCCGACCAGGAGCAGCCCGACCCGCAGCAGCCGGUCCCGCCGCGGCUGUCACGCGGUGCCAGGAAUCGCAACAGCAUCAUGGCCGGCGGCAGGACGGCGCGCAAGUUCCUCAAGCUCUGGCGCCAACCAUCCACGUCGUCGACGGGAGCGGUGCGUCUCAGCAGGAAGCCCAGCCGAGCGAGUCGAAGUGCGGCCAGGAACGUCGAGAAGGCCAGGAACCGCGGAUGGGUGCCCCGGACGGCCAAGACUCGCCCCUCCCUCUCGAGGGGCAGGAUGAGGGACGACGGCGACGGCAACGGCGAUGGCUCGAUGGCCGCCGACACGGGCAUGUCGAAUAGCAUACAGUGGAUGAGCGUCUCGGCCCCCGAGGAGCAUGAGGACCCGACGCUCAAGAAGUGCACUGUCAUGUAG